UAGUCGUUUGCUAGUGCUAAAUGAAACCGCACCGCAUCGUUAAUAUAGUGUGCCUCUAUAAAAGCUAUUGAUUACUCAUAAGCACCCGACAGUCGUCAGUCGAGCAGCCGUGCAGAGGCAACCAGUAAUAAAUCGAGCGAAAAGGGUGAACUCGAAGAACGAGCGGCGGUGACUAAAAUUUACGCGACACUAGGCAAUUUGAAACUUGAUCGUUUUUUGUUCGUUGCUUCCGAAAAUUUUCACCCAUAAAUCGUGCAACGUGAUAGGCAGUAGCUGUGCGAAACCGACCGCUAAAAGCAAAUUAAGAACACAGUGAAAAUUGCCCGGAGUAUUUUUCGAGAGGAUUAACAGUUUUUGCUGCAAUUUGCAGGACAAUAGAGAGAACCGAAUGCGGCUUUACCGAAGUUCUAUGAAAACAGAUUCGUUAUUUUGAAACCCGGCAAACAGUUCAUUACUCAUUGUUGCGUGAAUACCCUCGUUCCGGUGUUUUGGUGCUUUGGAGUGCAGAAUUGUGAGCAGCAACGCGUGUUACCGAUCUCACACACUAGCACCUCUGCCCACGUAGCAUUAUCACGUCGAACCCAUCAAAGAAUCGUUCCACUGGAGACUGCAGUCUGACGGUCGAAAAAUGAAGUUCAACUUGUUUGCUGUGCUGUUGAUUGCGGCAUUUGUUUGCGCCGGCUAUGGGGCCGAAAUUCCACCACCUACAGUUCCCGAAAAUGGAGAUGUUGUGCGGACAUACCAAGGAGUGAACGUGUACAAAACUGAAAGAGCCUGUGCCAGACAGGGAGGCCUGUGCGUUCAGAGAAACGACUGUAAAUCACUUACCGCCAUUAAAGGACUUUGUCCGGAAAAUGCCAACCGCGGUGUGGAGUGCUGCUAUGAAGUGAUACAAUCGGAAGCGGUUCAUACCUGUGCUGAACAUUUGGGCGAAUGUAUGACGCAUUGUCGAUCGCAAGCUUUGACACGUAGAGCAACUGAUUGCGGCGAAGAAGAAACAUGUUGUGUGCUGGUGGUUUAAAUGCAUUUCUAUGACAAUGAUAAAUUUGAAGAUCAAACAUAGGUGUAUGCAACAUUUAUAAUGUUGUUUAUGAAUCAAGUGUAAAACUGAGUACAAAUAAUCGAUGUGUUUAAUUAAUGUAAGUAUGUAUUAUACAAAUGUUUUUGAAAUCUGGAAAUAAAUUACAGACAACAGUUCAAUAAAACUAUUAAAAAACUGGAUGGAAAUACAUUACAUGUGUAAAAUAUA